UUCUCAGCAGGGCCGCCCUCCAUGAGUUCUUCUCCCAGCCUGCACAGAUAUCUGGGGUUGCCCUGACCCAGGUGCAACACCCUACACUUGACCUUGCUGAAUCUCAUUAGGUUCACGUGCUCCCUCCCAGAUGAAGAUUUUGAAACAGCUUUGUGAAGAAAUGAAAGAACCUUGAGAACAACAAGAGUUCUUUCAGGCUGGACGUUAGGAAAAACUCCUCCAUAAGAGUGGUUGGGCCCUGGACAGACUGCCCAGGGAGGGACUGCAGUCAGAUUCCCUGGAGGCAUUCAGGAAAUGUUUAGGUGUGCGUAUGGGAACUGCUAAGUGAGAGCCUGAACCUCUGAUUGAUCACCUGAGGCGAGCCAUGAAUCAGCCAGAGGAGCACAGUGAAGGCCAUUCAGCUGUGUUGCCCUCCUGGACGUAUUUAAGAGCUGGCUGCCAGUGGGGAAGGAGCUUUUCUGGAGAUUGGCCCUGCUGGAGUUUUGUGAGUGAGCCCUGGGUAGGGGAUAAUCUCCGCCUGACCUGGUACAAGACCUUUCUUGCAUUUUCUUCUAUCUCUUUCCCUGUGGUCCAACAGCCAAUGAUUUUCUGUACAAGAGAAACUACUCAAAAAACAGGACAGUUCUUCUCCCGGAUGCAUACCCUGGGGAGGAUUUCAGGUCAGAACGCUGAGGGCAAGCAGCCAUUUCUCUGCUUCUCUUUAUCCCUUCCCUAUGAGUACCCCAGCUGCAGUGUCCUGCUCCCAGAGCCUCCCAAAACCCCCUUCUAUUCCCACCAGGGAUCUAAAGGAGAGCGAGUUGGAAGGAAAAAGUCUCCUCUCAGGCCUCCCACUUAGCUACACCUUUCACAUGCAGCAAAAUCGUGGGCUUUGCUCUGCUCUGUGUGUCACUGGAAGAAAGCACUGCAUUGGAAAAUGAGGAUCUCGGGGUCCCAGGGCUCUGAGGACUGUGGCCACCACAUCUGUCAGAGUCAGGGGGUCUUGGGAGAGUCCCCAUCGUCCCUCUUCAAGGGGAUGGCACCGAGUCGCUCCUAUUAUGAGAGCGAGAGGAGGUUCUAGUCUAUGUUCACGUCUUUAUCCUCAAGAGAAUAACUUUUAAAAGUCAGAUGGCCUCUGCUAUAGAAGCAGAUGUCAAAUGUGGCUUUUCUCCAUGGAAAACUGAUGCCUGGCAACUUGGAGACUAACGUAUAUGUGUGUAGAGAUGUUUUUUUCCCUUUUAAUUUUAAUAGUAAACUGAGUCUAUACUUUUAAUUCAUGAUGAAAUGCUAAAAAUGUGUACUCUUGUUUUCUGCCAGUGCUUGGCUGACGGAGUUUUUGGCCGUUCUGUGGCAUGGAAUGCAACCAGCAUGGAAGCAUCGUUUGUCGCUGUGGAUUCUGAGUAAGAUUACUCACCCUCUGCUCAUGAUGGCAGUGGUGACCAGCUCAGAUGUGUUGGAUGGUAUCGUGGACGUUGAGGAGCUGCUCACCUGGAUCAGCAACGAUCCCCGGGAGAACCAAGAUGGUUCCAAAGUCAGAGAGAAAUACCAGAAGGGUGACCUGCUUCAGGACGAGCUGCUGGGGGAAGUAGACAGCCAGGAAAGAGAGCAACUCAUUGCAUGGAUCAGUGCCACGGAGCCACAAAGCCCUGAUGUCUCCAGCAGCCCUGCCCCUCCUUGCUUCAUCGCCCAGCUCCUCGACUUCCCACAGUACAGCAGGAGGUCAGCGAGGAAGCACAGGCUGCUGCCUGGACCCCCCCGACCCACUAUGGGGGCUGCUGCCAUCCCUCGGGCAGCUCUCCAAGCUGCAGGGCCGGCCUUUGCUGCUGCCUGCUGUGGCACCACCAGAACUACCACUGCCGACCCCUCUGGCUGCUCAUGUGCCUCCUUCGCUCCACCCUGCACAGCGCGUGGAUGUGGUGGAUUUCACAGUUGCUUGUUUUUUAAAGCAAUCUCUUAUGGGGAACCAUACAGAAAAACUCAGGUUUGUUUGAGCCCCUAUAAUUUCCACGAUAGCUCGUUCUGGUGUCCAGAAGUUUGUACUACUUCCCAAACAUUGGCUGGGGAUGUCAGGGACAAAAUGGAGGUCAGCACUGGGGACGUGCUGAGGACAUCCUGGGGUUUGGGGGAGGAGGUGGCGGAGGUGGCCAGUGAAAACGGAGAGUUUUGUUUUACAAAGAUGGUUUUGUUUAAUAAAAAUGUUAUCACCUGAUGAA